AUUGUAUAGCGUGCCUAUGUACUAUGUAUUCAAUAUGAUAAGGUUACGACCACAUAGGGGAAUUUAUUUUAAGUGCUAUUAAGUGAAUAAAAAAAUGCGUAUCUAUACUAUCAAAUGGGGCUAGUGAUUAGUCACUUUUGCAUACGUAAGCUGGCGCGUAUUAGUAUUUAACAUAUAUAGGAAGUGGUAUGACUCGUACACAUGAAUGUAACACACGCGUUACUGUCCAGUUGACAGUUUAAUUAAUUAAAUUAAGUAAAGGCAUUAACUUUCUUCGGUGCACAUCGUGACUACUAGUUAUUUGAUAUAUGCCAAAGUCGUUGCUUUUUUACUCAAAUGUGCAACUAAUGAUGACUUAGAAAAAGAUCGUUUUACAUUGCUUCAACGCUUCGUCACGUUCGUACUUUAAGGUUAAAAGGUUUAUGCUCUGUCAAAACUCCAUAGAGUCUUGUUGUAAACCAUGUACAUUUCAAUGCGAGAAUUGGUUACUGAGUCACUCGAAAAGCUGAAUAUGAUGCAAUCCUGGGUUGUUAUGCUGUACCUAUGUGCAUGAGAAUUAUCAACCAAACGAUACCAUGUUGGAAAAUACCACUGCCAUUCAGCGUGUGAAGGACUCAAUUCCUGUUAACGGUGCUCAACCAAAUAUAGAAGCAAAGAAAUCGUUUACACAAUUUUCAAGAGAUCGAAAUAAUUUAAAUAAGGAAUGUUCUAUAGAUCCCGAAUGUCUAACAUUGUGGCAACAUCCAAUUACUACUCUCAAUUACUUUUUUCGGGAACUCUUUAGUAAUAUACUCAGUCUAGGAAAUAAGACAUUACUUUAUAAAAAAACAGUAUGGAGUAUAGUUUCAUUAAUUGUGUUGUUUCUGGUGUUAAGUAGAAUUGUUGGCCCUCAUCAACAGAUUUUGAAAGCAUGGGAGACCAAAGUGAUUUGGUGGUUAUAUUGGAUAGGUUUAGGUGUCCUUUCUAGUGUAGGGCUUGGUACAGGCUUACAUACUUUUGUACUUUAUUUAGGUCCACAUAUAGCAGCUGUUACAAUGGCUGCAUAUGAAUGUGGUGCGCUUAAUUUCCCUGAACCACCAUAUCCCGAUCAAAUAAUAUGUCCUACGAAAAUUGAUCCAAUGUGGUCAGCAGGCAUAUUAAAUAUUAUGCGAAAAGUGCGCAUAGAAGCUAUGCUUUGGGGUGCUGGUACAGCUCUUGGUGAAUUACCACCAUAUUUUAUGGCUAGAGCUGCGCGAACUAGCCGACAGAAUAAUAAAAAUGAAAAAUUUGAUCAGGAAGAUUUGAAAGAACUGGAAGCAUUAGAAGCAUUAGAAAAUGGUGAAAAUGUAUCAUUAUUGAUACGUAUAAAACUAACUAUGAAACAUUUUGUACAAAAAGCAGGUUUUUGGGGAAUCCUUGCUUGUGCUUCAAUUCCCAAUCCAUUAUUUGAUUUGGCUGGCCUGACAUGUGGUCAUUACCUAAUUCCUUUUUGGACAUUUUUUGGUGCAACACUUAUAGGGAAAGCUAUUAUAAAAAUGCAUAUUCAACAGCUUGCAGUAAUUAUAGCUUUUAAUGAGGAACUUCUAGAUAAAUUUAUUAAGUUAUUGGCAAUUGUACCAUAUGUUGGUUCUAAAUUCCAAGAGCCUUUGAAAAAGUAUCUUAUUCAACAGAAGAAGAAACUGCAUGAAAAAUCUGCGGAUGGGACAACAACCAUUUCAUGGUUAUUUGAUAAAUUUGUGAUGUUGAUGGUAUGUUAUUUCCUAGUGACCAUUAUUCAUGCAUUGGCAAGAAAUUAUCAUCGUAAACGAACUAAAUUGUCUACUGAUUAAAAGUUAAUAAAUAUAGGAUGUAUAAUGUAAACGUAAAAUCAAUUAUUAAACAAACUACAUAUGAAAUUGCUGUUAUAGCAUAUAUAAUUAGGAUAUUAAAAAUAAUGAUUCGGUAAAAUUUUUAACUGCACAAUACCACGUUUGCAAGAUAAAAUAACAAAGUGAAGAAUAAAUUAUGAAAAAUUUAAUGUUAAGUUCUAAUUUUCUAAAAUACUGUAAACAUUAAAGAUACCCUCGUAACUGUAACAUGUAUGUUUAUGGAAAUGUACAUACACAUGUCAGAGAAGAUUUUUAAAUAUCAUGUAACAUAUAGUGUAUGCAUUUUACUUUUACAUGUAACUUUCAUAAAGACAAUGGAACAUACAAUUUCAGAAUUGUUUGUAGAAUUUGUAAUGUUUAUAACUUCAUUUGUAAUGGGUUUAAGAAUGAUACAAAUUUAGCUAAGGGUACACUUUUUAUAAAUAUUAUAUUAUUUUAAGUAUACGUAAUGAUUAUUAAAUAUAUUUGUCAGUAUUCCAUAAUAAAAGGGAAAAAUAUUUCUGUGGUUUAGUAUGUAGAAAGAUGAAGUCAGUUUCAUGGGUUGAUCGUAGCACUGUAACUAUUUUUUCUGCAUUAUUUACUUCUUGUUUAUAUUCAAAUCAUGAAAAGCUGGCAAUUUAAACUUGUUUAUUUGGAAACAGGUACCUACGAAAUGACUAAUAUGAUACUGUUAAUUUUCAAAUAUACUUUGAAAAAAUGUUUAAUAUUCAUUAAUAUAUUUAAAGUGACUGUCGUAUAUGGCCUUUAAAUAUAUAAUAAAAUUAUCUGUCUUGGUUUGUUAUAAAAUAUUAUAUUUUUACGAUACAAUAUUAUUCCAAUUAUCCAUAUGUGAUAGGUUGACAAGCUUUUGUUUGCAGAACCAGGCCAUUAUUCGGAUGGUUUGACUUUAAUUGUACACUCUUAAUAUAGAUAAAUAUUUUCUUUUCCAUUGUAAUGCAUUUACCAAACACAUGUGUUGUAAUUUGUAAUUUACAUAUAUUUUGAAGGGAUAAAAUUAAAUACAAAUUAAAGACA